AUGAAUAUUCAACUACCAGCUAGCCAUCCCUGUUCAUAUUUUCACCACAGUCUUCUUAUUAGGGUUUUCUGGUUGUCUCCCCUCAUUAUGGACCACCCGACACCCAACAAUAGCUUAGAAGAUACCGCGUGGUCUAACUCGGGGUUGGACAGCUGGAGAAGCGAGGUGUUCAGACAAUCUCAAUCUUUCUUCGGGACCCCAUCCCCCGAGCCUUUGGCCAUUUCGAGAAGUGUACCCGCCGUUGGAGUCCCUCUAUACAACUAUCACAUUCAGUAUCCAGCGAUCCCAGCUCCCCACCCAUUUGCUCCGCUUCCUACCUCGGUUCCAUCUUUCUACCUGAGCCCAAACACCUUCCCUAAGCCCGUCGCUCAAAGCAACUCACCGUGCGUCCCGGUUCAAAGCAACACUGCUAUCUUUGCUCCAGACAGUCCCUAUCCCGAUUGCUACCCAAGUCCUUGGACUGAUUUCACUCCAUCUCCUUCCACGCCAGAACUCGCGGGCCCAAACAACGAAACCAACCACCCACCUAGUGCAAAAUAUCUAUGCCCAAACCCUAUACCCAGGCCUCCCAACAAGAGAAACUUGAGCACCACGUCCAUUCAUACCGCUGGCACCACCGUAUCCCCCAUAAGCCCCUACGGUCCCGACUAUCUCGACCCUUGGGCGAACGUCAUUCCAUCGCCCUGCACCUCAAACCUAGCCAGCCCCUCCGGAAAAGUUGCAAAGAAACCUCCCAAGGCAAAGAGGCCUUGUCUGACUCGUGGGGCACCCCAAAAAAAUGACGGCGACCGUUACGGCACCUUCAGGUGUGACUGGGUAGGUUGUACCUACGAUCGUUUCUUCUCCCGCAAGGGAGUCCUCAAGCGACACAUUGAGACGCAGCACGUGUCUCCGGGUGCUUAUGAAUGUCCCUCGUGCGAUCACACUACCAGUCGGAAGGAGAAUCUGAAAGCACACCGAUGGUCAAUUCACAAGGAAAUCUCUUGA